UUAGAUUUUGGAGAUUAAGAAUAGGCUUUUUAUGGACCCUGAGGUCGUAGUUGAAUCAAUGGUUUUUUUACCUGAGCAAGAGAGAUUAAGAGAUCAAGAAGAAUCUUCUCAGCGACGGGAUCGACGUCAGAGAAUGGGAUUGGAUGAACAGAAGCGAGGUCAGCGUUUUUUAGGAACUUUGAUGGGGACGUUAGGAAAAUUUCAGAAAGAAUCAGUUUUUUUACAGGAAAAGAAUGCUAAAAGAGCAGAGAUAGAGGCUAGAUUAGCAGAAUGCAUGCGUAAAGAGAAGGAGGCUUUAGAGGAACGUGCUCGGAUAGAACAGGAUGAAAAACAACGAGCAGCAGAACGAUUACGUAGGGCUAGUUUAAGAGAAUUUGAGAAGUUGUCGUUGGAGACAUAUUAUAAAAAUGAAAUGGCAUCUGCACGUGCUUUAAAAACGACUACUUUACCUGUAUUGUUUUAUCAACCUUGGAAACUUUCAUCUAAAGAAGAAGAAAGGGCAAAAAUUCGAAUCGAAGAAUUAGAACGUAAAUAUCAACAAGAAUUAAAGGAAUUAGAAGAACGUUUAUCUCGUGAAGAUAAUCUAUAUUUAAAAGAUGUAGAUACAUCUUUGUCGGCUCACGAAACAUGUCAAAUAAAUGUAGAUGUUGGCUAA